AUGAGGCAAUCGAUGCUGCGCGUCCUCGCUCGAGCACAGGGAACCGCUCCCAGGUGCUCCCCUCGCCGUCUCUACUCGUCGUCGUCGUCGUCCGAGGAAGCAGCCAAGCUUCGUCCAUCGCAGCAGCGGCCGAGCUUCUGGCAGACCUUUAGCCGGCCCAUCUUCAAGGUCGCCCUCAUGGCUAUUUUCACAUAUCAGCUCGUCUACUAUGGCUGGAUGAAGCUCGAGACGGACGAGAUCAGGGCCGACGCCGCUGCCACCAUUGCGGAUCUGGAGAAGAGGAUAGAAUCGCUCGAACAAUCCAAGGCUGAAAAGGGAAAGAAAUGA